AUGGCAUCGACAUCAACAUCCACGGCAUCAGCAUCAACAAAGAAGGUCAAUCUCAAGAGUUCUGAUGGUGAGAUUUUUGAAAUCGAAGAGGCUGUGGCGUUGGAAUCACAAACCAUCAAAUAUAUGAUUGAGGAUGGUUGCGCUGAUGACACCGGAAUCCCUCUCCCAAAUGUAACCAGUAAAGUUUUGGCGAAAGUCAUUGAGUAUUGCAAGAAACACGUUGAAGUAGCAGCGGGUUCUGAUGAAAGGCCUGCCGACGAGAAUACUGUCAAUACCUGGGAUGCCGAAUUUGUCAAGGUUGAUCAGGAUACCCUCUUUGAUCUCAUAUUGGCGGCAAACUUCUUGGACAUCAAGAGUCUGUUGGAUCUUACAUGCAAAACUGUUGCGAGCAUGAUAGACGGUAAGACACCAGAGGAGAUUCGAAGAACUUUCAACAUUAAGAAUGAUUACACUAAGGAGGAAGAGGAGGAAGUUCGUCGUGAAAAUCAAUGGGCUUUUGAUUAA